AUGUCCCCAUCUUCCCCCGUUCCAAAAGUCGUCAAGAUAAUCAAGACCCUCCCAUUUGGCGAGCAGCAGGCCCCAGCCACCGGCUUCGGCACCACGGGGCUCAACUAUGGCAUGGGAACUACCUUCGACUUCGAACGAUCUGAGCCCGUUCUACUGAAAGCGGCUAUCCUCGGCUGCACGUUCUGGGACACUGCUGUACCUUCUUCUUCGCCCCCAAAGACUCCUCUUGAGGAAUCCAUCGGCGCUCUGGAUGAGCUUCGCCGCACCGGCAAGACAGAGUACAUUGGCUUAUCCGAAUGCCCUACUGCAACCUCGCGCAGGGCACAUGCAAUUGCCAAGAUUGAUGCCAGUCAAGCCGAAUGCACUGCAUUUGAGACCGUGCGCGAGACCAGUGGUCUGAUCGAGACGGCAACAGAGUUGAGGAGUGGCCUUUGUGGCAUUCAGUCGGCUGGGACAUGGUUGGCUGGUGCAUGA